AUGGCGGAGGUGGAUGAAACCGACAUAAUGAUUAACUACCACGGUGAUUUCCUAAAAAACGACAGAAAAUGCAGCCGCUACCCGUACUGCAUUGUCUGGACACCCAUUCCUAUUCUAUCGUGGGUGCUGCCUUUCAUCGGUCACAUGGGCAUAUGCACCUCUUCUGGAGUCAUACGAGAUUUUGCAGGAUCCUACUUUGUUUCGGAGGACAACAUGGGGUUCGGCCAUCCGACUAAAUACUGGAGGCUGGAUGUGGACAAAGUCUGUGGUAACGGGCCGGCAACGUGGGACAAGGCGGUUCACGAUGCCUCUGAGGAAUACAAAUGCAGGCCGCACAACCUGUGCAUGGAUAACUGCCACUCCCACGUGGCCAUGGCCCUCAACCUCAUGCGGUAUGACAACAGCACUUCUUGGAACAUGGUCAACCUGUGCCUGCUGUCUCUCAUUCAUGGGAAACAUGUGAGCUGGGCGGCGUUCAUCAAGACCUGGCUGCCCUUCGUCAUGCUCUUCGGGGUCCUCGCCACCUUCCUGCUGACGUUCCACCUACAGGAACCACGUACCUUUUUCAUCGAGCAGAUUCUGUGUGAUAUGAACGACCAUCAGUUUACAGGAACCCUUAUUGCCACAGAGGAGCAGAUGAGGAGGGACCGACGCUGGGACGAGCGCUCUUUCCCCCCCUCUGCAUGCUUGGAGUGUCCUUUUGGCUGCGAGUGCUUCGCCCUCACCCGCACAGUGAAAUGUGUUUCCAAGGCUCUGCUCCAAGUGCCGCCAGAUAUUCCAGGAUAUACCCGGACCGUCAUCAUCACGGGAAACAACAUUCACCAAAUUGGACCCGAUUCCUUCACAGAGCUGGGGAAUGUCACAAACAUUAUUUUCAGCAAUAACAGGAUCACAGAGUUGGCAUCCCGCACCUUCUCUUCCCUCCUCAACCUUCGCUUCCUGGACCUCAGUGGAAACCAGCUGGCCCUCGUCCACCCGGAGGCUCUCAGCAUCCCCGGCAGCCCCCUUCAGGAGCUUAACCUCAGUUCUUCGCUGCACAACGCCACGGCCCUGACGGACCUCACCACGGCCCUGCGCUGGGGCGGGCUGUGGGGACUCCUGCGCCUGGACCUCUCCGGGAACCGCCUCGCCCUGCUGCCGCCCGGCAUGUUCUCCCACGUCCCCAGUCUGCAGCAGCUGCUCCUCCAUAACAACUCCUUGAUGGCGAUCUACGGCGGGACCUUUUCCGGCUUGGACCGACUGGAGAUGCUGGACCUCAGGCACAACGGCUUCCAGACGUUUGGGGCGGACGCCCUGCAGGAGCUGCGGAGGCUGGGCGGCGCCAGAGUCCGCUUGGGCGCCAACCCCUACUCCUGUUCUUGUGAGAUCCACGACUUCGUCGCUUGGUUGAAUCAAUCACAAGCUCAGGUAGACGUGGACGCGGUCAGAUGUGCCUCGCCGGCGGGAUUAAACGGCCUCAGUCUGCGAGGGUUGACCGUCCAGGCCGUCGGCUGCGUGGCUCCAAGCCUGGCGGAGGUGACUGACCUCACCCUGCAGACCUCCUACGUCUUCCUGGGGUUGGUGCUGGGCUUGGUGGGGAUGGUCUUCCUGCUGGUGCUCUACUUGAAUCGCAACGGUAUGAAGAGGUGGAUCACAGACACUAGAGAUGCGUGUCGGGAUGUGCUUGAAGGGUAUCACUACCGCUACGAGAUUGACUCCGACCCCCGGCUGGGGCACAUCUCAGCAGGCGGCGGCAGGGCGCAAAGGCAGCUGACGGGCUUCGAGCUCCGGUGGACCUGGAAACACCUGGAAAACAAACUAACAAAAAAAAAAAAUCGGCGGGCUGUCGAAAUCCGUCCUUCUUUUCCCAGUUCGAGGCGCUCGCGUUUUUCCUCCGCGAGACUUCCGCCGUGCGCUCGCGGGGCACGUUAUCAGGGCGCAAACACACCCGCGUCUGUUUCUUCUUAUGCGGUCCCGGGCACCUUGAGCCAUGCCUGGCCACAGCGCAGGGGCCCCGCAGACUACCGACAGGGCCGCUCCGUAUCCAGGGAGACCACGGCCAGCCAAGACUCCUACAAGGACCCUCACGGCCAGCACCUGCGCGAGCACCACGCCGACCACUCCCGGCACUCGGAGAACAAGUAUGGCCGCGGCAGGAGUCACCCCCGGAACGGCGCCGCCCGGGGCUCGGAGACUAUAGGAUUCAUUCCGGGGUCGGCGGACGGCCCUCCGGCCGCCCGGCCCGCCUGCGGCUCCUGCGCCUCCAUGGGCUGGAGCGGCUGCAAGGCGCUCCUCUGCUGCGUGCUGACCUGCGGCUUCUACGGGAGCCGGGAGCCGUGCCUGCCGGUCAACGAGAGCUCCACGGACCACCCCCCCAAAGCGAGCGCCGACCCUCACCCUCCCAACGGCAUGGCCCUGACCAACCCCACCUGCGACAUCCCCUUGGAAACUAGUAAGCCCACUAAGCUUCAAAUGACUGAGAGUUUCCGCUACCCGGACGUGCGCAUCGGCGGGCAGACCGUGAAGUACCCGGUCAAUGCCCCCAAGCGGAGCCGCGCGCCGGUCAAGGGAGAAACCCAGCGUCCGGUCAGCAACACCAGCCUGCUGUCCAACGACUACUACGACCUGGACGACCCAUGCGACAGCACGGACAUUGACUCCCUGAUCACCAAGAAGCUGCUGGAGCUGUACGCCCUGCACCAGAUCGACCAGCUGGCCAAGUGCACCUCCGACUCCUCGUUCUCCCGCAAGACCAACGAGAUCAGCGAGCUCAUCUACAGCAUCGCCCAGGACUACAACCUGGAGGAGCAGGAGGCCGAGUGCAAGCUGGUGCACGGGGUCAUCCGCAUCAGCACGCGCAAGGGCAAGAAGAACAAGAGCCACCAGUCAGCGGGGCAGCGCCCCAACGGCCGCAGCGACGGGACCCUCCCCGACAGCGGCAACGAGACCAUGACCCACACCUUCAUGAGCAGCGACUUUCCAGAGGUGAAAGUGUCCGAGCAGACGCCGUCAGACGAGCUGGCGAGGAAAAUGAGGAACUGCAGCGGGAAAAUACACUCCUCCAGCUCUGCCAUGGCCUACUCGGCCUACCACCACGACACUGAAACGGACUCCUCAGGCGCUCCCCUGCUCAUCUGAAGAUCCCACAGAGAGACCAGCCUGCCCAUGCUGGCAACGCCUGUCUCCACAGUCCCCCGUUUCACCCCUCUGUUGUCAUUUAUGCUGUUACAGUGGAGCACCUUCUCACCUGGAUGGUUACACUUCUCUUUUUCGCGGUCAAGAUUUUAUUUUUUGUAUUUUUGUCCACCCAGGGAUGUUAGUUUUUAUUCAUCUGUCUGCAGUGUUUUAGGUUUUUGAGAAAAUGAAAAGUGAAUACGCUAAAAUGAAAACUAGAGAACUCAGCUUUUUGGGGGUCAGAGGCUGAUGGUAAAACAAACCGUCCUCACUCCUGUCCUUGUUUUUGGUUAAAGUUACUGUGCAUGUUGUGUAUGUAUGAACCUAUUGCCCAUUUGUUUCGUAUUCUAAGAUGCAUUAAGUUGUUUUUUUACCUUAAGACUACACUUUAAGCCAUAUUUUUUAAUGUAAAUACUCUUAAACAAAUGUUACUCUGUGCCAUUAUGUCUUUUUUGCCAUACGAUAAGUUCUAUUUUUAACAAAAUAAACAUCUCUGCU